UUACUGUUCAUUAGAACAUCUACAACAAGGUUUACAUUUCUCCUGUAAAAAGAAUAACCAAAUUUCAAAAUGCGCGAGGUCAUCUCUAUCCAUGUUGGUCAAGCUGGUGUCCAGAUAGGCAAUGCCUGUUGGGAGUUGUACUGUUUAGAACAUGGUAUCCAACCUGAUGGUCAGAUGCCUUCUGAUAAAACUAUUGGAGGUGGUGAUGAUUCCUUUAACACUUUCUUCAGCGAGACUGGGGCUGGUAAACAUGUUCCUAGAGCUGUAUUUGUGGAUCUAGAACCAACAGUAGUAGAUGAAGUCCGAACUGGUACUUAUCGUCAACUCUUCCAUCCUGAACAACUCAUCACUGGUAAAGAAGAUGCUGCUAAUAACUAUGCUAGAGGUCAUUACACUGUUGGUAAAGAACUGAUAGACUUGGUUCUUGACAGAACCAGGAAGCUAGCUGAUCAAUGUACUGGUCUUCAAGGAUUCCUCAUCUUCCACAGUUUUGGUGGUGGAACCGGAUCUGGUUUCUCUUCCUUAUUGAUGGAAAGAUUGAGUGUUGAUUAUGGGAAGAAGUCUAAAUUAGAGUUUGCAGUUUAUCCUGCUCCACAAGUUUCGACAGCUGUAGUAGAACCUUACAAUUCAAUUCUUACCACCCAUACUACAUUGGAACAUUCUGAUUGUGCUUUCAUGGUAGAUAAUGAAGCUAUUUAUGAUAUCUGUAGAAGAAAUCUGGAUAUUGAAAGACCAACUUACACCAAUUUAAACCGAUUGAUCGGACAAAUUGUUAGUUCUAUUACUGCAUCUCUACGAUUUGAUGGUGCUCUCAAUGUAGAUCUUACAGAAUUCCAGACCAACUUGGUACCUUAUCCACGUAUUCAUUUCCCUUUGGCUACCUAUGCUCCAGUUAUCUCUGCUGAAAAGGCUUACCACGAACAGCUAUCUGUGGCUGAAAUUACCAAUGCUUGUUUUGAACCAGCUAAUCAAAUGGUCAAAUGUGAUCCUCGCCAUGGUAAAUAUAUGGCUUGUUGUAUGUUGUAUCGCGGUGAUGUUGUACCCAAGGAUGUCAAUGCUGCUAUUGCCACGAUCAAGACUAAGAGAACCAUCCAAUUUGUCGACUGGUGCCCAACUGGUUUUAAAGUCGGUAUCAACUACCAACCACCAACUGUUGUACCAGGAGGUGAUUUAGCCAAGGUCCAGAGAGCUGUUUGUAUGUUAAGUAAUACCACUGCUAUAGCUGAAGCAUGGGCUCGUCUGGAUCAUAAAUUUGAUCUAAUGUAUGCUAAGAGAGCCUUCGUCCAUUGGUAUGUCGGUGAAGGUAUGGAAGAAGGUGAAUUCUCUGAAGCGAGAGAAGAUUUGGCUGCUCUUGAGAAAGAUUAUGAAGAAGUUGGAGUUGAUUCUGUUGAAGGUGAAGGAGAAGAAGGAGAGGGAGAAGAAUAUUAAACCAAUUUGUAAACAUUUAAUUAUACAAUAAACUCUGUUAUCUCACCCUUU